CACCACCCACACGCACGCCGCAGCCACUGUCGGGCUAACUAAUUUCCGGGAGUCCAUUCUCAAUGGCACUUCUUUCUCACCAUCUCUCCUUCGCAGGAUUUUCAGCCCUCCCCCGCCGACAUCCCUUCCCCUACACCUCCACCGCUCGUCGGCGAAUCCUUCGCUGCAUACGGGUUUUCUCAAUGGAGGAAUCGAGCAAAACGGGCCCGAGAUACACCAACCGCCUUGCCACUGAGCACAGCCCUUAUCUUCUUCAACACGCACACAAUCCGGUUGACUGGUACCCAUGGGGGGAUGAAGCUUUUGAGAAAGCUCGGAAAAGAGCUGUUCCUAUUUUUCUAUCAAUCGGAUAUAGCACAUGCCACUGGUGUCAUGUUAUGGAAGUGGAAUCAUUUGAGAAUGAUGAAAUUGCAAGAAUGCUAAAUGAGUGGUUUGUUAGCAUCAAGGUGGAUCGUGAGGAGCGACCAGAUGUUGAUAAGGUAAGUUAA